AUGUCGACGUACGGUACUUUCCAUGCGGACCCAGAGCCCGAGCAACAUCCCGUUCGCCGGGCCAAAGCGCCAUGGAACCUCAUGGCCGAAUGCUACACGUUGCUUCUGAAGCUGAAAGACUUACCGAAGGGUGUCUACGACCCGCUCGAGGCUGCGUGGGCCGAUAAGGGCAUGGGCGAGUUCGUUGGUGGACUGGGAGCGGUCAUCAUCGUCAGGUAUAGCGAUACGCCUGUUGGGCCUUACGAUGAGCUUAUGAUCGUACCCGGCAGCUUUACCGUUCCUCAUCCAGCAGACGGACCACUCAAGAUUCCCAAGAAAGCACUGCGCAUCUCCCGCAUCUACGUCUCCCAGCGCACUACAACCUACAAUGGCCGUCUAAACUGGAACAUUCCCAAGAACUUGGCUCGCUUCUCUUUUUCCGCACCACCCACGGUGCAAGGACAAACUCCACCAAAGUCGCUCACGGUACAAGUCUUUCCACCAGGUACAACAGACGGUGAUGGCGAAGCUCCGUUUUUCGCAUGCACGCUCAAGCCAUGGCAAUGGAUUCCAGCUAUCCCUGUAAACACGAAAUACAUGCCAAUAAGUUUGACAGUUGCCCAGCCUCCCAUUCGAGAGCAUCCAGGUCACAAGGCAGCUGCCAAGGCUGCGAUUGAAGGUCCGCCUGUGGACGAAUAUGACCUUGAUCCGAAGAAGGCGGAGGCAGUUCUGGUGGGCACAGAUAGGUGGCGCGCAGUCGAUUGCUCAUCGUCGGCACCACGUGCAAGGGGCUGCUGGGUUGAAGUGCAUGAAAAUGAGACCAAAGAGCAGGAUGAUGGGGAGAAGACGUGGUUUCCAAAGAACUUGGGAACAUGGGCUGUGGGUGGGUGGCUGGAAGAGUUGUUCAUCAUAACAGCACUCAUCAUCUCCUUUGCCACAUCAUCUCUUCUCGUCUUCUUCGCCACAACAUCCCUAAUCAUCUCCCUCAUCACAACAUCCAUACUCAUCUCCUUCAUCAUGGUGUCACCCCCACCCCAAUGCACUGUCCCAUGGACCAUGACCCUUCUCCGCCGCGACAUUCGAAACCUCCGGACCAAGUCCACGGCCAAGUUGAAGAACACGUUUGCUUUCUCUAGGACUGCGACAGAUGCUUCGAUGCACCCAGAGGUAGAGUCCGAUAGCACAACAGCGAUCCCGGGAGGCCGUCAAGACUGCAGCGAGGUGACCGAAACUGCGAGUGAGGGCAGUGUAUCCACCAAGCCGGUGCAAGACAGCCACUCGGUAGCAGAAGUCGGUGCCAAGAAAGGCGGCAAUGCCCUAUACGAGCUCCUGCAGAACAAACUCAAAGCCUCGUAUGCGUCUCGCGUCCUCAAAGCAUCACAUGAAGCCCGAUGGAGUUUCCGUGGUAGUUGGCUCCUCCUAUACAUGGCUACCCAGGCAUGUCCGUCGAACGACAGCUACAAUAUCUUCAGAGGGGACCAAGGCCCUCCAGAUGAGUCACAGAUGCUUCUCGACUUGCUUCAGCAGAGCAUUGAGCCGACCCAAUCGACUACAGCAAAGGUCAGCAUGAUGCCCGCCGAUCCAUACACCGAAGACAACAACAUUCACACACGAUAUGACUCCAUGUUUAGUGACGCUGGAAAAUCUAUCCCCUCUCCUGUGCAGAUCUGGUUGACCAUUCUCCAAGCCGCCAAUGACUCUACAAAGAUAGAAGGCCUUGCCGAAGAGCUUCUCGGAUACGUGUACCCCGGAAAGAAUGCCACCGAUAUCCUUGACCAGAUUGGUAACCCGAGCAGGAAGUUGAACGAUGAUGACGACGCUCUGCUCCGAGCCCGUCUCCAAAUGUUGUUGUAUCCCGGUGCCCAAACUCACACCGCCGAUGCCCCGGCAUUGGCCAACUUCAAGGCGAAUCACCCAAACAACACUGCAACUGGAGAUGAAAAAAGCCACCAACCUCUCGAUCAAGACUCUCCAUCCAUCACAACUACUGCCCACGAUGAGGUAACCUAUCCGGAAGGCGGCUUAGGCGCUUGGUCCGUCGUUCUGGGUUCUUUCCUAGGGCUCAUAUCGUCGCUGGGUAUGAUGAACACAGUCGGUAUCUACCACGCGUACAUUUCCGAGCACUAUCUACAAGACUACAGCGAGUCGACCAUCUCUUGGAUCUUCAGCAUGUAUGUGUUCUUGUCGUUCUUCUGCGGACUGCAAAUUGGUCCCAUAUUUGACGCCCACGGACCGCGGCUCCUGGUACUGGCAGGCAGUAUUCUACUAUGCCUAUCGAAUUUUCUGCUCGGCCUAUGCACCUUAUACUGGCACUUCUUCCUUGUCUUUGGCGUACUCGGAGGCGUCGGCACGUCGCUGAUCUUUACUCCGGCAUUCGCAGCUAUUAGCCAUUUCUUCUACGUGAAGCGUGGCAAUGCGACUGGUGUGGCUGCUGCUGGAGGCUCGUUGGGCGGUGUCAUUUUCCCGCUCGCAUUGGAGAAGCUGCUGCCUUCGGUGGGGUUCCCAUGGGCAACUCGCAUCGUCGGCUUCGUCACACUGUUCUGCUGCAUUGGGGCCUGCAUCCUCAUCCGUUCUCGCUUGCCACCCAAAGUUGCUCUGCGAUACGAACGUAUAUGGGAGAUACUACGCUACUUGCUACACGGUCGUGAGCUUCGGCAGUGGUGCUUUGAGUUACUGGGUGUUGCUGAGUGCUGCUGGGUGAGCAGCGGCUGA